AUGACGAGCCAUGUUCCAAUCUCGUCGUGCAUGGUGAUUUUGGAUCAUUCCCAAUCCAUGCUGUAUAAGGAUUAUGCUCCAACUCGCUUCGAAUUCCAACAACAGGCUUCGAGUUACAUGGUCGAUUGCAUUCUCGAAGAAGCAUUGACCGCUACUAUUACUACUUCUGCUGCUGGUGGUGGUCAAAUACCCAAGAUUGGAGUCAUGGUGGGAACAGAUGUCUUGAUUGGCCCACAAGAAGAUACUGCUAUUGUCUACGAAGCGCUCGUUGACAACCUUGCCCUUGCAUCCAUGGAUCUGACGACAAGUCUUCGUGUGGCAAGCCUUGCACUUCGAAAAUACGAGAAGGAAAUACCAACUGACGAAAAAGAAGAGAAUGGCAGACAAGUCAUCAUUGCAUUUGUCGGUUCUCCUCUCAAUGAAGAUGAUGACAACUUGGAACAAGUUGGAAGGAUUCUAAAGAGAAAUGCGACAGAACUUAUAAUCGUGGCGCUAGGAGAUGACACUGAUGAUAAGCUACUUCAAGACUUGGUAUCGAUUGCCAAUGGCAAAGUUGUGAAAAUUUCUCCUCAAGACGUUGCGAAAGAGGCUUUGGACGGACUCUUUGGUACUAGUCACACGCCACCAGAAACAACUGAUUCAAUUCCAAUUGAUGGUCCAACCAUGAUGAAGAAAGAAAUUAAGAACGAAAAUGCAAGUCAUAGGAUCGACGCACUAUUGAAUAGAUCAAGGGAAGAAAGAGGGAAGAUCCAACUAAUGCUGAAGACAUCUUUCUCUUCCGAGGCCAUUCCGCCCCCUCCAGGAAUGAUGCACAAGGACCUUACCUUCGCACAGGGUAGUUUGGAUUCCAAAUUUGAUGAUUCAAAUCCAAUAGACAACAGAGAUUAUGAAGAUGAGGAGGAUGGUAUUCCAUCACCAGCAAGCUCCGAGAAAGGAUUUAGCCAAUGGGAGGAAGAACAACCAUUCGAUGAACGGGAGGAACUGUUGCAAGCAACAUUAGACUGUGGGCCAGAGAUCAUCCCAUUGCAACCGACUAUUAGUGCUAGUACUAGCACAAGACAAAAACCAAACCUCACGAUUCAAGUGAAUGGUAGUCGGGAUCAAGCAGACACGUAUGACCUAGUCAAAGAACAUAAUGUGGAGCUGGAGCGGCACAUGUCCAUGAGUCCAACAUCUGGUGGCCCCGAUCUUCAGCAAGAACAAGAGAACAUUGCCCGAUUCGCCAACUUGCGUCAAACGCACGUCUCGAUUGCCGAAUACGAGCGAGUCAAGACUGAGCUGCGGGCCGCCAAGCGAUACAUUCGAGUACUGCAAAGGUUGGUGCAUGAGAAGGAUGAAAUGAUAUCAGCUCUACAUGAUAUGCUUGGAUGCCUUCGAAGCCAGAAUUUUGAGUUGGGGAUUAUAGUGGAAAAGAAGUCGGAAGUUACGACUCUCACAUUGGAUGGUGAUACCACAGACAACGAGGACGAGUCCUUGCAUGGAAUCAGCACAGAUAGUAACACCAGUCGUUGGAAAUCAAAGACUUUGGUGGAUGAACUGGAUGAUCAAUAUGACUUGAAACCAUCGCAAUCCUCAGAUUCCCACAUUUCCAUCAAUGAGAUCAGAAAGCGGACCAGAGAACUGGAAGCAUUACACGCAUCUUUGACUAACAAGUCCAAAGCCUUGGAAUCAAUGGCCUUGAUGAAAAGUAACAAAUCCCAGACACUGACAGAAAAGCGAAACAAGAAGCGUGAAUUGGAAGCACUUCGAGCAUCCAUUAUUUCCGCUAGCUAG